GGACCAUGUGAUUGUAGAGACAAACUGGGAAUACCCCUCAGUAUGAUUCUUGGAGUUGGAGCAAACAGAGCACCAAAUCUGGUGGGGAGUGGGAUCUAAACAAGCAUUUGAACAAAGCAAUCAAGGUCAGUUAUUCAUAAUAUCCUGGCUAUCACUUGAGUUUGAGAAUAUUUUCUCAGAAAGUUUUUGUGGGGAUUUCUCUGUGCAAUUGUGCUUUCAUUCAGUAGCAGUAAAUGGAAUAUUUUUCAAUGCACACAUCUCAGAACCCCAAAAUUUCGAACAAGUUCGUUCAUCAGCCUGAGCAAGAACAGGAGUCCUGUUGCUGGCCCCCUGUUAAGAAUGUAGGUCAGUACCACUCAUACUCUGAUGAUGGCAGUGAUGGUGGCGUGCACCUUCCAGCCAAGAAUUUUGAACAGUAUUGCACCCUUGAAUCAUCUACUGUUACAGGCAGCUACCCUGUUCAGAGUUCUUCAUCUGUUGCCAGUAUCACACCUAACAGCAGUCCAGUUUCACAGCCAAUUUCCCAGCCUUACCCAUCAGAUGUGCUUCAUUCCCCGGAUAAUACAUGUGGCUCUCCAGUAAGUGGGUCAUGUGUGACAGACAAUGAGCAUGACUUGGGGCACAUGAUAAGACAAUUGGAAACUGCAAUGCUAGGACCUGAUCCAGAUAACCUUGAGAUACAUAAUAUUGCAAGCACUGGUGAACCAGAUCAAAUCUCAUUAGAGGCAGAGAAGUUGCAAUAUAUGGUGGAGUUGAUUUCCAGGGGUGACCUGAAAGAAUUGCUUUGUGCUUGUGCGAAAGCCAUUGAAAAUAAUGAUAUGUUUAUAGCUGAAGGGUUAAUGACACAAUUACGUCAAAUGGUGUCAGUUUCAGGUGAGCCAAUUCAGCGCUUAGCAGCCUAUAUGUCAGAGGGGCUCAUUGCUAGGUUGGCAUCUUCAGGAAGUUCUAUCUACAAAGCCCUGAGGUGCAAAGAGCCUGCCAGUGCUGAGCUUCUUUCGUACAUGCACAUACUUUUUGAGGCCUGCCCGUACUUUAAGUUUGGGUAUAUGUCAGCAAACGGGGCAAUUGCUGAAGCCAUGAAGCAUGAAAGCAGAGUCCAUAUAAUUGAUUUUCAGAUUACACAAGGAGCCCAAUGGGUAACGCUAAUUCAGGCUUUUGCUACUCGGCCAGUAGGACCCCCAAUGCUUCGAAUUACGGGCAUUGAUGAUUCCACAUCAGCUUAUGCCCGGGGAGGAGGACUAGAAAUAGUAGGUCAGAGGCUGUCUAAGUUUGCCGAGUCAUGUAAGGUACCCUUUGAGUUCCAUCCUGUUGCUAUUUCUGGUGACAAGGUUGCAGUAGAAAACCUUGGCAUUCAACCUGGGGAAGCUAUUGCUGUAAAUUUUCCCUUAGUUCUGCACCACAUGCCCGAUGAAAGUGUGGGCAUCGAGAAUCAUCGGGACAGAUUGUUGAGGUUGGUGAAAGGCUUGUCUCCAAAGGUGGUGACUCUUCUUGAGCAAGAAGAGAACACAAAUACUGCUCCGUUCUUUUCACGUUUUGUGGAGGCAAUGAACCACUACUUGGCUAUCUUUGAAUCAAUUGAUGUUACUCUCCCAAGGGACCACAAGGAGCGGAUCAAUGUUGAGCAACACUGUCUGGCUGGGGAGAUUGUCAACAUUAUAGCUUGUGAGGGGCCUGAGAGGGUGGAACGACAUGAACCUCUCGGAAAGUGGAAAGCAAGGUUUCGUAUGGCUGGGUUUACCCCCUAUCCAUUGAGUUCUUAUGUCAAUUCUACACUAAAAGCUCUCUUGCAAAAAUACUCUGACAAAUAUACACUUGAAGAAAGAGAUGGAGCUCUUUAUCUUGGCUGGAAGAACCAAGUUGUAGUCACUUCUUGUGCAUGGAGGUGAUAAGUGCUAACUGAGCAAUAACUGCAGUAAUGCUGGUAUUAGACAGAGGUUAACCUUCAUCGGGAAGUAUAUCAUGUUCUUUUCUGAAAUCUAUGACUGUCUUUUCUUGUUUUGAUAAACAUCCAUUAGGGAUGCAAUAAACUAGGGUGGUUUCAAGGAUUAAAUGUUACUUAUCAGUGCUGCUGGUUAGCUGUUGCUUUUGUAACUUCUUAACGUACAUGUUCUACAUUCUCUAGAGUUAUACGGGUAGCUAUAUUGGUGUUUCCUUUUUCUUUUCAGCCUCAUGUUGGAAAUGAAAUAUAAACUGGGAGGAGUAUAGGUUGAUGAUUUGUUGCGUUGGAAAAAUUAGAAAUGAAUCUUAGGGCUUUUU